AUGGGGCCGGACAGAGUGACCGCCCGCGAGCUCUGUGAGAACGACGACCUGGCCACCAGCCUCAUUCUGGACCCCUACCUCGGCUUCCGCACCCACAAGAUGAACGUCAGCCCCGUGCCCCCCCUGCGGCGACGGCACCACCUGCGCUCAGCGCUGGAGGCUUUCCUGAAGCAGCGGGACCUGGAGGCUGCGUACCGGGCCCUGACGCUGGGAGGCUGGAUGGCCCACUACUUCCAGAGCCGGGGCCCGCGGCAGGAGGCUGCCCUCAAGACCCACAUCUAUCGCUACCUCCGCGCGUUUCUGCCUGAAAGUGGCUUCGCCAUCCUGCCCUGCACCCGCUACUCCAUGGAGACCAACGGGGCCAAGAUCGUGUCCACCCGCGCUUGGAAAAAAAACGAGAAGUUGGAACUGCUGGUGGGCUGCAUCGCUGAGCUGCGUGAGGCAGACGAGGGGCUGCUGAGGGCUGGCGAGAAUGACUUCAGCAUCAUGUAUUCCACCCGCAAGCGCAGCGCUCAGCUGUGGCUCGGCCCGGCAGCCUUCAUCAACCACGACUGCAGACCCAACUGUAAGUUUGUGCCUGCAGAUGGGAAUGCGGCCUGCGUGAAAGUGCUGCGGGAUAUCGAGCCCGGUGAUGAAGUGACGUGCUUCUACGGCGACGGCUUCUUUGGGGAGAAAAAUGAGCACUGCGAGUGUUACACCUGCGAGAGGAAAGGUGAGGGAGCCUUCCGGCUUCGGCCCAAGGAGCCAGGAUCGACCCCACCGCGGGCUCCUGACAAGUAUGAGCUCCGUGAGACCAAGCGAAGGCUUCAGCAAGGCCAGGACGGCGGCUGGCGAGGCCUGCGCUGUGCCCACCCAUCCCCUCUGCGCCAGGACCUCUUCUGUGCCGCCUGCCAGCCUCUUCUAGGCCACCCUGAUGCUGUCGCGCCCAUAUGGCUCCAGUGGCUACUACAGCCCCUGUCCCAGGCGCGUCCACGGAGACGCCGCCGUCCUCGGCCCCGACGGGCUCCUGCGCCUCCCACCCUGCCGUCGUCUGUCCGCAUCUCCCUGCACCCCUGGGGAGGCUGCGGCCCUGCCUGUCGCCUGCGGGGUGAGGCACAGGUCACUCUGGGCCGCCUUCCCCGUGCCCGCUGGGCUCCACAGCAGGACUGGCACUGGGCCAGGCGCUACGGACUGCCUCACGUGGUGCGCGUGGACCUCAGCCGCCUGGCCCCUGACCCUCCAGUUGCUCCCUCCAAGACCCCAGGCUCCAUUCCUGUCCCCAAACAGGCCCUCGCCUUCACUCCCUUUGCCCCACCCAAGCGCCUGCGGCUGGUGGUCAGCCACGGCUCCAUUGACCUGGACGUCAACGGUGGCGAGCCCUGA